GUUGAGGCGGCGGUUGAGGCGGUUGGCGGAGCCGGCCCGGGCCCCGCAUUGUUUGUUGUGCGGCGCGUCCUUAGCAGCGGCGGCGGCGGCUGCUGAGGCGAGGAGCGCGGCGCAAUCUUGGCCCCGCGGCUCGGGCAUUGUGGCCGCCGUUGCGGUGCCUGGCCGUUGUCCAAGGUUACUGGUUGUUGGAGCCAAGAGGAUUGGAUUUAACCAGGGCUGCUAUUUUGUCAGGUGUAAUCCAGAGAACAAUUUUCAAACAUCUUUGCUCAUAUUUGACACUGAGCAGCCAGGGUAUUCAGGCAUAUGAGGAGGUAUUGUCACACAAAACAGUGUCUAGUGAAGACGACAAGAAAGAGAGAGAAGGAACGGAAAAAGAAACUAAAAUACCAUAGGAAACCAUGAGAUCUAUUAGAUCUUUUGCCAAUGAUGAUCGCCAUGUCAUGGUGAAGCAUUCAACAAUCUAUCCAUCUCCGGAGGAACUUGAAGCUGUUCAAAAUAUGGUGUCUACUGUUGAAUGUGCUCUUAAACAUGUCUCAGACUGGUUGGAUGAAACAAAUAAAGGCACAAAAACUGAGGGGGAGACAGAAGUAAAGAAAGAUGAGGCUGUGGAAAACUAUUCCAAGGAUCAAGGUGGCCGGACAUUGUGUGGUGUAAUGAGGAUUGGCUUGGUUGCAAAAGGCUUGCUGAUUAAGGAUGAUAUGGACUUGGAGCUGGUUUUAAUGUGCAAAGACAAACCCACGGAAACCCUGCUAAAUACAGUCAAAGAUAACCUUCCCAUUCAGAUUCAGAAACUGACAGAAGAGAAAUACCAAGUGGAACAAUGUAUAAGUGAAGCUUCUAUUAUAAUUCGGAACAUGAAAGAACCCACACUGACUUUGAAGGUGAUACUUACUUCCCCUUUAAUUAGGGACGAAUUGGAGAAGAAGGAUGGAGAAAAUGUUAUGAUGAAAGACCCUCCGGACUUACUGGACAGGCAGAAAUGCCUGAAUGCCUUGGCUUCUCUUCGACAUGCCAAAUGGUUUCAGGCAAGGGCAAAUGGAUUAAAAUCAUGUGUAAUUGUCCUCCGCAUUCUGCGUGAUUUGUGCAACAGAGUACCUACAUGGGCACCAUUGAAAGGAUGGCCACUAGAGCUUAUAUGUGAAAAGUCUAUAGGUACUUGUAAUAGACCUUUGGGCGCUGGGGAGGCCUUGAGACGAGUAAUGGAGUGUUUGGCAUCUGGAAUACUACUUCCUGGGGGUCCUGGCCUUCAUGAUCCUUGUGAGCGAGACCCAACAGAUGCUCUGAGCUACAUGACCACUCAGCAAAAAGAAGAAAUCACUCAUAGUGCACAGCAUGCACUUAGACUAUCAGCCUUUGGCCAGAUUUAUAAAGUGCUGGAGAUGGACCCCCUUCCAUCUAGUAAGCCUUUUCAGAAGUAUUCCUGGUCCGUUACUGAUAAAGAAGGUUCUGGAUCUUCAGCUCUAAAGAGGCCAUUUGAAGAUGGAUUAGGGGAUGAUAAAGAUCCCAAUAAGAAGAUGAAACGAAACUUAAGGAAAAUUCUGGACAGCAAAGCAAUAGACCUUAUGAAUGCACUAAUGAGAUUAAACCAGAUCAGGCCUGGGCUUCAAUAUAAGCUUUUGUCACAGUCUGGCCCAGUCCAUGCCCCAGUCUUCACAAUGUCUGUAGAUGUAGAUGGCACAACAUAUGAAGCCUCAGGACCAUCCAAGAAAACAGCAAAACUUCAUGUAGCAGUGAAGGUUUUACAGGCAAUGGGAUACCCAACAGGUUUUGAUGCAGAUAUUGAAUGUAUGAGCUCCGAUGAAAAAUCAGAUAAUGAAAGCAAAAAUGAAACAGUGUCUUCAAACUCAAGCAAUAAUACUGGAAAUUCUACAACUGAGACCUCCAGUACCUUAGAGGUAAGAACUCAGGGUCCUAUCCUCACAGCAAGUGGCAAAAACCCUGUAAUGGAGCUCAAUGAAAAGAGGAGAGGUCUCAAGUAUGAACUCAUCUCAGAGACUGGUGGAAGCCAUGACAAGCGCUUUGUAAUGGAGGUAGAAGUAGAUGGACAGAAAUUUAGAGGUGCAGGUCCAAACAAGAAAGUGGCCAAGGCAAGUGCAGCACUAGCUGCCCUGGAGAAGCUGUUUUCUGGACCCAAUGCAGCAAAUAAUAAGAAAAAGAAGAUCAUUCCUCAGGCAAAGGGUGUUGUGAAUACGGCAGUAUCUGCAGCAGUUCAGGCAGCUCGGGGCAGAGGAAGAGGAACUCUGACAAGGGGAGCGUUUGUGGGGGCCACAGCAGCUCCUGGCUACAUAGCUCCAGGUUAUGGAACACCAUAUGGUUACAGCACAGCUGCCCCUGCAUAUGGUGGUUUUUUCAUUGACAGCCCCUAUUGCCAGCCUCUGAGCGUCGCACCAUUUAUUAUUCACUUGGGCCCUCAAGAUUUCUUCUCUGACUUCUAGAACCAUCAGGUUGUCUGGCUUGAAUGGCAAUUGCUAUAUCUUGGUCUUAAGAGCAAUGUGACCCCUGGGGCUUUCCAGCUUUCAGAUCCACCACUCUAACCCUUUUUGAAAACAAUGACUGAGAAUUUUAAAGAAGAGCAAUACUUUGUCCAAAGCCACAAUGUCUGUUUUAAAGCUCUCCUUUCGGAAACUUAGCAAUAUCUAGAUGUAAUCCUUUUGGUGUAGCUCUGGUCAGGGAGUUUACAAAUUAAUGUAGAGCUUAGAAUCUGUGUGUGAACUAUGCUAUCCUCUGAUUCUUUUUAAUCAUUUGUAGCACAUAAUUCAAGCACUUACAUUUUUGACUGUCUAGCUAGCAGUAUUAUAAUUUAUCUAAGACAGGUGUCCUCCCUAAGCCAUAUCUCUUGGUGGGGGCCGGCGCUUCACCAGAGGUGUGGCUGGCAGCCUGUGUCCCUUAAGGCUGCAGGAGUGCCCCAUCUCUUGUGCCCAUAAUGGUUCCAUAGAUUUCAACAUACCUCAUGCCAAUGAGGUUUGGUGCAUAGUAUGGUGAAGUAAGGGGUUGGGUUUAAGUAGCUCCUGAUGUUGUUUGUAAUAAUCUGAAAUUGUUAACCUUGGGAAUGAAAUACUGAUCAUGCUUGGAUUAGCCUUUAAAAAAAAAAAAAAAAAGUGGGUGAAUGUUUGAAAUUCAUGCAUCAGUCACCAUAAUUAAUUGAAGAGCUGGGAAUACCUCCUUAAUAUAUUUUUAAAACUGGUGUUGGACCCUCUGUGUAUUUCAGGUUAAUACUUUUAAGCAGUUUUCAGCACGUUUAUCUCACUUUAUUCUCGUUCUCCUCGGACCUCCGUAGCCAUAUCACUUGUAUAAGAUAGGCUGAGAUAUAGUGACUGUAAGCUGUGAUCUCAGUUCACAAAGGUAAGCUCUUUUAUUUUCUGAUUAAAGAAAAAACAAUAACCAAUUAACACAACCUGCAUAUAUGACAAUCAUAUGAUGUAUUUGAUCUCUUAGGUCUUAUGUCACUGCAUUAACUUUAAAUUUUUAUGGUCUAAGUGUAAAAUAGUAAUUUUCAGCAUUUGUUUUAAUACUCUUGUAAAUGCUUUUUAUUCAAGAGAAACAUUUCACAUUCACUGAGUCAAGUGCAUGUGGGUAGAAAUUUAGGAUAUAAUGUCUAUGUAAACUAUACAUACAGUGGUAGGAACACUUUAAGAAGAAUUAAAAUGAAAGGGCACUCUAUUGGCCAAGGAGCUGGGAUAUCAGAAGCAGUAACAUUGGUAACAGUGCCGUAGGAUUCAUGUGUGCACUUGCAGCACAGGCUGAGGGUAUAAGUGCCAAUCUCUCAAGAAGAGAACCUUCUCUGACCUGUGUUGCAUGCCCCAAUACAGCAACAUCAAGAAGCCAUUUAAAAAAAAAAAAGCAAUAGAAAAGUUUAAAAAACAAAAAACAAAAAAAACCCCACAACUAUUAACUGUGGGAAAUAUGUGUAAUUGGUUGAGUUUAGCUAAUUAUUUGCAGAAUCAACUUGAGCAAGACUCAGAAAGGUGAUACUGAGUCCACAGAAACCAAAUCGACUUAAGGAAUCUGUCUGUUUUGUCCAGGUUAGGUAGCUGGAAUAUUUCUUACUGUAGUCAGCCAUCAACAGAACAUCAUUUAAAUGGUGUGAGGGUUAGGCCAGAUACUUUAAUAAGGAUUUGCUUCCUUUAGUAUACCCCAUAAAUACACCUCAUUAUAGUAGAUGUUCUGUGCUAAAGCUGUAUUUAUGUAGAAAGAUAUAUAAAAAUAAAAUUUAUGUUUUACAUUUC